AAAAUAAUCAGGCUUGAAGGCUUGAUCCUAAUAAGCCCUGUAAAAAAAGGUUUGAACUCGGGUAGACUUUCAAGUCUUGUUAUAUUAUUAUUAUUAUUAUUAUUAUUAUUAUUAUUAUUUUAGUGGAACACGUGUUUGAAAUCAAUGAUUUGCUCACCUGAUCCUACACGCAUUAUAUUAUUAUUAAUUUUAAUUUAUUCUAAAAUUGAUUUAAUAUAAUUUAAUAAAUAUUAGUGUAUAGUGUAAAAUUCUUAAUAUUUUUUAUUUUUCUAUAAUUAUUAUGUUUGUAUAUUUAUAAAAAAUGAAUUAUUUUUUAAUCAAGAUUUAAAUUUUAUUACUAGAUUUCUAAAUGUGUGUUGUUUAAUUUUUAAAAAAUUAUGAGGAUUUUAUUUUUUUUAAUUUCAGAAUAUUUUAAUUAAUUUAUAAUGUUUAAUUUUUUUAUUUUUUUAUUUUUUUGAAAAAGGGCUUCUGGGCCAGCCUUGAGCUUUUCACAUAAAGGCCAGGUUUGAGAAAUGAGAUUCAAAAUGGAGAACUGGGUUUUAGAGCUCAGGCCUUUAAAGGCCGAGUCUAUAAGGGCCAGGCCCUUAAGGAUUAAGCCUGCUCAUAUUCCCAACUCUACCUUAAAGCAAUGAAUUAAAACUGUGUUCUCCUGUUUAGCCAACGCCCAACAGUCGAAUUAGGGCCCCACAGAAACCUUUUUUUUUCAAGUUAUUUUACCCAAGACUAGAAAAAGCACGCCCCAGCUCUUGACAGACUUUUAAUCAGUUUGAACUUCAGCAUUUGAUCAGUUUCUUCUCUGCGAGCAUCGAUCAAUUUCCAGAGAGUUUCUGAUGGAACUGAAAUUCAACUUCUGCGUGCGAGCAAAUGUACUGUCCCCUGAGUAUAAAUCAACCUGAGUUCCUUUCCUUGUUCAUCAGAUAUUGCUUUUUACGAAGCUGAUUAUUUCGCACGAACAGCAGGAUAAGCCAAUCUACCACAAAUUACAAAAACAUGACAUUUAGCAGUGGAGUAGAGGCUGCGAGUUUUGUUGCGAGCUCCAAUAUUCUGAGGCGUCCUGUUGAGACAAUCUCGGAGCUUUAUGCAGAAACGAGUUCAAAGCAGGAGGAGCUGUGCUUCAAAGUGAAGCAAGAGUUGGAUUUGAUGGUAAUAGCAUUUGUGGCCACUCCAAUCUGUACUGAUCAAAGUCAUCUUCAAGCGCCUGAGCAAUCAGAUUUGAUUUCAUCUUCGGCUCUCAAGGACAACAAUUUCCCUCUUUUUGAAUUCCUCUGUAACGAAAAAUUCCCAUGUUUCUCCCUUCACAAGCCUGCACUUUCUCUCUUCUAUCAUCAUCGUGAACAGCUCCAUCAACUGAAAUCCCGGAUUGAUAGCUCCAAGCCGCUGAUGGUAACUGGGCAUGCUGUUGGGGGAUCCAUUGCUUCUCUCUUCACUCUGUGGCUGUUAGAUAACCUCACCACUGGCUCAGGUAGGAAACACUUACCCCUCUGCAUCACCUUUGGCUCACCCCUUUUGGGUGAUACACACCUUCAGAAAGCCAUUUCACGGAGCCCUUUCUGGAAUUCAUGCUUUCUCCACGUGGCCUCUCUCCAGGACCCUCUUCCCAGGUUCCUCAUUUCAACCAAUGUGUACAAGCCAUUCGGAACAUUUCUCUUGUGCUCUGAACAAGGCUCUGCUUGUUUCAACGACCCUGAAUCUAUUCUGGAACUUUUAGCAGAAAUGAAGCCCGCCCUGAGUGAUCCAUAUGAUCAAAAAUUUCACAUUCAUCAGUAUUCAGACAUUGUCCAAAAUCUCCACCGCAAGGUUAUUUGCAAGGCUUUUGCUUCACAGCCCCAAAGCAUGGCUCAUUGUGAUUCACUAGAAGCAGCUAUAAUCAUUCAGCUUGCAGCACUAAGCCUUUCACAAAUCCAGCAGGACAUGGUGGAAAAGCUGAAGCUGCCCGAGAUCACAUUGCUGAAGAAGAAGAAAGAUUUGGAUCCGUCCAAGAGAUUGAAUGACGUGAAGAUAUAUAUGGCCAAUAUCGAAUGGUACAAAAAGUUCUCCAAAGCUCAGGAGACAGGAAUGUACGACAUGUACAAGAAGCAUAGAAAUGAAAGAGACCAGGAAAUUGUUUGGUGGAAGAAAGAGCUCACACUUUACUGGAGAGAAAUGGUUGAAGAGGCAGAGACGAAGCCUCAAAAGGAAGGAGCUGCUUUUCGCACCCGCUGGCUCUAUGCUGGAACAAAUUACAGAAGAAUGAUGGAGCCACUUGACAUUGCUGACCACUACGAAAGGGGUGGAAAAAACUAUGAGACUGAAGGAAGGUCCAUACAUUACCGGCAGCUAGAGGAAUGGCUCAAGGAAGACAGAACGCCUUCACCUGGGGGAUUAUCAUGCACUACGAACAAACAGAACGUGGAAUCAAUUCUGACGCUGGAUUCUUCUUUCUGGGCAUGCGUGGAAGAGGCUCUCAUUGCUUGCAGGGACAUGAAGAGCCGUGAAGAAUCUAGUACUAUGCAGAAAUUAAGUGAGUUUGAAGAAUAUGUUUAUGGGUCGCUCAAGAAUUAUGCAGUUUCGCCUGAGAUUUUCUUGAAGCACAGCACCUACAUGCGUUGGUGGAAUGAGUAUCAGCUGCUCAAGGAGGCAUCCAGUGAUUCAAAACUCGCUAGCUUCAUGAAAAACCCUGACAAUUACAAGCUCUAUUCUAUAGGGCUUUUUGAUUUCCAGUGAAGUUUGACUGUUGAAGAAUUGCGAGCAUAAGUAAUAAUGAAGUAGUACAAUGAAUGCUUUGAUUGGAUUCCUCUAAAUAUUAAAAAAAAAUAAAUGCUUUAAUAAAAGUUUGGAUAAUUCAUUUUGAGACAGUUA